AUGGUGAACACCAGAUAUACCAUGUUUGAUCCCGCUCAACAACAGCAGCAACAAGACAAUGGAGAACCAUUGCAAAACCAGCAAAUUCCUCAAGAUCAACCAGAGGAUGUGCCUUAUCAUGGGCCCCUGCCUGAUGACUCCCAGAACUUUGGAGAAGGGGGUGAAUACGAUGAAGAUUAUUAUGAGGAAGACGGAGAGGGGUAUGAAGACCAUGAGGCCGAGAAUCCUAUCGAUCCCAGCGAGAAUGAGGUGGAACUUGAACAGGAGGACCUGGAAGUGGUCCGUCUGAGACAACAGGUCCUCGACCAAGAAGUAAGGAUGGCAGAACAACAAGAGACCACUCGCCAGAUGCAAGAGUCUCUCCUGGAUCUUCAAGCUUUUAUUGCUGCUCAGGGAUUUACAGUCAAUCCCUCAGUUGUUCCUCCCCCAGAAACUCAGUUGCUUGUCCCACCUACAGGGACUGGCGCACCCAACAACGCUACAACCCCUACUCCUCCUUUGGGACGAUCCCCUAAUCCCGAAGCCAAUCCUUCAAACCCAGCUCAAGAAAAAGAGAAAGCCAAAGCAGCUGAUUCCAUUGAAAAAGCAAACCCCCAAAAGAAGACUCCUCCCGCUCCAAAAACUAGGGUGGACCCAGGGCAUUUCCCUAGGAAAGAAUGGGUGAAUCCCAUCCCAGAACGAAAUCACCCGAACAAUUCACAUGGGAAACGCCCGUAG